AUGACUGACGCAGGGCCAUUUUCGGGUAGUACAGCAUUUUGUGCUAGAUGUGGAUCUAUAUUACCUCUUCUUCAAGAAUUUGGAUCAGUAAAAUGUUAUGCUUGUGAAACAGUUUACGAUGCCGAAAAUUUCAGUAACUUAAAGUUUCAAUACACAAUUCAUUUUAAUUCUGUCUCCGUUGUAACUCAUGAAAAUAUACUGAAUAGGGACGAUCCAGAAGGGCCUGUUGUGGAAAGAAAGUGUCCCAAAUGUGGAAAUGAUAGAAUGUCUUAUGCAACAUUGCAGCUGCGGUCAGCUGAUGAAGGACAAACUGUAUUUUAUACAUGUAUAGCUUGCAAGUACAAAGAAACCGAAAAUUCAUGA